AUGGACUCGCAGGAGGUAACCGUCGUGUUCAGGGCGCUCAACAAUUGUCUUGUCAACCUGCCGGCGCCCCUGAUCAACCCGUUUCUCGCCAACAACAUACUCAUCCAGAACAUUGCCGUGGAGCUCAACUUUCGUCCCAGUGGAGUAAAGAAGGACACAAAAUGGCUCGUUGGCUGGAACGGCUACUUUUCAAGCGAUCCGAAAACCAUAGAGAUCGAUUCGGUGUAUGCGAGCUCCAUUGGACUUCGGGAGUCGAGGAGAGUCGUCAUUCGUUUAUCUCUCUCGCUGCCGAAAAUUCAGUCUGUCGAAUUAGAGCCUGAAACAAGCUCUGACUGGGAGCUGACCGAGAUGUACGCCCAGACGAUCGAGGAUCGGUUUUUGAACCAGGUGAGGUGUGCCGUGCUGGGCCAGAAGCUCGCCGUGUACCCCAGCUCCAGCCCCAACAAUGUGAUCAGGUUUGUGGUGACAAAGAUCAAAUCGGAAACAGACGAGAUCGAGCGCGGAAUCCUGGUCAACGACUCCGAGCUGCACAUCAUUCCGAAGCUGCACAGACUUGAAAAACAGCAGAGCGACGGGUCCUCGCGUCGCAGACGGUCUGUGUCGGGUCGUCGCUCCUCGCAAUUUGACCCCGUGCCCUCCUGUCUUCUGCGCUCGAUUUGCCUGCCACACCAUACUUUCCAGCAUGUUGGCCAUUCGUCCGCAAACUACGAAAUAUACGUCAACCUGGAUCAGGAUUUUGUCAACCACCAGUUCAAAUCGAUAAAAUACGUGCAGGUUUCUGUGGUCGCGGGACCCGGGACGCCUGCAAAGGCCAGCUCUGUGGCGGAGCAGGCGAAAAACCACGACACUGCAUCCGCAGGCAGCUCAAGAAACAACUCAUCGUCUGUGGUCGACCAGAAAAGCGUCAACGGCUCGGUUGCACAGGCCGACACAGAACAGCGUAAAAUAGUAGCCAUAUUGGUGCACGACCCGCUUGCGCCGCGACGCAGUGCUGGGGUCUCGCCUCUGCUGGCGAUUGCGCUCGGUAUUGAGCACCGUUGCGGAGACCUAGUGUGCAUCGAGGCUGCUCCGCGAAAAUACGGCACCGAUAUUCACACGGUUGUUCUGCACAAAAUUAUCACACAUACAUCAACGGUGAACGAGCUCGCCUUCAAGAACGAUGGAGACCGGCAACUGAAGCAGGCAGAGGCUAAAAAGGAGCUGAAUGCAAAAUUCCAGGAACAGUUCAAACGGCUACAUUUCACAAACUGUCCAAUCACUAACGGCAUGAAAGUGCCGGUUAUUCCUGACCUGCUGCCCCAGGGAGGGUUUCUGGAGCUGAGAGACGGCUACCAGUGGGCGCUACUAGGCGAGAAGCUGCCGACUUUCGAGCUAGGGGACGAGCGACUGAAACCUGAGUCGUUUGUCGAGAGACGGUACGAGCCUAAAGACGGAUCGAUCGUAGGACACAAAGAGCUCAUUGCCAGACUAGUCAGGUCGGUCAGGCACGGCCAUAAUUGUGUUCUCUCUGGCGCCUCGGGCUCGGGAAAAACAACGCUGAUCAACGAGGUCAUACAUCGCCUGGUGACGCUUCACGGCUACCAUUCCAAAUAUAUCAGCUGCGAGACAAUUUCAAACGACAAUUUCCAUGCAAUAAAAACGCUACUGGACGACGCUGUCAGAGAAGCCAACUGGCACGCGCCGUCUCUGCUCGUGCUGGAAAACCUAGACUCUCUUAUUCCCCAGGAAAUGGAGCACGGAGACUCGGGGCUGAGCAGACAGGUGAGCGAAUUUCUGGUCCACUUGCUAAAGGCUCUCACGCGAGAACGCGAGGUCUCGCUUCUGUGCUCGUCGAAGUCGAAGCAAGCGCUGAACGCAACGGUUUUCCAGACCCAUCUCAUCCAGCAGGAGUUUAACCUGAAAGCUCCAGAUAAAGAGCUACGAAAAGAAUUGCUACGGAGCUUUAUUGACCAAUACAGCAUGGAGCUCGAAGAAGAGGAGAUCUUGAACGACAUCACCGUCGAAACAGAGGGGUAUCUUCCGUCAGAUCUCAAAGUCCUCGCUGACAGGACCUUCCACGACUACAUAUCCUCGACUAUCGACAACAACGACUUCCAUCUGCGAGCCUCGAAUUUUGAGCGCGCACUGCAGGGAUUCGUUCCGUCGUCUCUGCGUGGAGUGAAGUUGCAGAAGUCAAACGUGGCCUGGUCGGACAUUGGCGGUCUAAAAGACGCCAAACGGGUGCUUUUGGAGACUCUAGAAUGGCCAACCAAAUAUGCCCCCAUUUUCGCCAAAUGUCCCCUGCGGCUGCGUUCCGGAAUCCUGCUGUACGGGUACCCGGGCUGCGGAAAGACGCUGCUGGCAUCUGCCGUGGUGUCGCAAUGCGGUUUAAAUUUCAUCUCUAUCAAAGGCCCAGAAAUUUUAAACAAAUAUAUUGGUGCUUCCGAACAGAGCAUCAGAGAGCUGUUUGAUAGAGCACAGAGCGCAAAGCCUUGCAUAUUGUUUUUCGACGAAUUCGAUUCCAUUGCGCCGAAAAGAGGCCACGACUCGACGGGAGUCACCGACAGAGUGGUGAACCAGCUGCUCACGCAGAUGGACGGUGCAGAAGGGCUCGACGGCGUGUACGUGCUGGCAGCCACCUCCCGUCCGGACUUGAUUGAUUCCGCUCUGCUGAGACCAGGACGGCUGGACAAGGCAAUUCUAUGUGACCUGCCCGACUACGACAACCGACUAGACAUAUUGCAGACGGUUGCUUCCAAAUUCAAGGUGUCUGACGAAUGCCAGCUCGAACACUUUGCGCACAAACUCGAAGGCUAUUCUGGCGCAGACUUACAGGCCUUUGUCUACAACGCGUAUCUGAAAGCUGUGCACGAUAGUCUCGACCAGCUUACAGACAUGAACGAGGGCACCACGGAACGCAAAAUUGAAUAUUUCAGCAUGCUCAAAAAUAUGCAACCGUCCGGCAAUAUUGCCAGCAAAAUUGAUGCCAUCUGUAAUAACCUGCAUGUGACGGACAUAAACUCGUGGUACGAGGAAGACCAAAACUCCGGAGCAAAGUCGAAUCCGAUCGUUAUCAAAAACAGUCAUUUCGAGAUUGCUCUAGAAGAAACCAAGAAAAGCAUCUCCAACAAGGAGUUACGCAAGUUUGCCCGCAUCUACUCCCAGUUCGUUGACGGCAAGCGAGAGGGCAACCUGCCGGACGGUCAGGCAAGCACAGAUAUUGGCGGCCGGACCACGCUUAUGUAA